CACAGUCAACAGUUUUUGUCCGAUAAGAGAGUCGCAGCUUUAUAACACAACCGCUAACGGAACAGUCCAGUCAGUCAACUACCAACCUCGUUCAGAAUAGUGUCAGAUAUCUGUCAGUUCUUUCGAAAAAUAAAUAUAUAUACACAAAAUGGAUCACACCUGGGUUGCCCGCAAUGUCUACGAUUCGCUGCCACCAUUCGCCAUCGUAGCUGGACACGAUUCGGACAACGAUCCCAUCUACGUGGGUCGCGCUUAUCACAAUGGAGACAUGCUCCCGGCCAAGGUGAUUCCCGGCAAGCAGCAGGCUUACGUGGCCUGGGGAGGUGAGGAGAUUAACAAGCACGACUUCGAGAUUCUCACCGGACACCAUUACUGCUGGAUUCCUGCCAGCAAUGGUGAAGUACCUCCCCAUGCUCUGCGCGUAGGCCAAACCUCCGACGGAGAGGCUCUGUAUGUGGGACGUGGCUACUUCUCCGGCAGUCUGACACCCGGAAAGGUGCAUCCCUCCCACGGUUGCCUGUACAUUCCUUAUGGCGGUGCCGAACACAAACUGGAGGCCUAUGAGGUUCUGGUACAGCCCGAAACUUGGGUCAGCUCCUCGGGCAGCAACAUUGUGCCCGGUACCAUUCUGGCCGGACACGAUUCCGACGGAGAUGCCAUCUACGUUGGUCGUGCCUACCACGAGGGAGAUCUGCUGCCCGCCAAGGUGAUUCCCAACAAGUCUUGCGCCUAUGUGCCCUACGGCGGACAGGAGCACGUCAAGUACGACUUUGAGCUGCUUGCCGGUUACGGUUACGGUUGGGUACCCGACGGCUUUGGCAAUGUUCCCGGCGGUGCCGUCGUGUGCGGUCGUACCAACGAUGGAGAGGCCCUUUAUAUUGGCCGUGGGCACUACAAUGGCAGCUUCACUCCCGGCAAGAUCCAUCAGUCGCAUCACUGCAUGUACAUUCCCUAUGGUGGUCAGGAGGUGCGCCUGGACAACUACGAGGUGCUCGUUAGGUCCUAGACUGAUUAAUCCAAUCCCACAAUUUAAUACUUCGGUUCAGUCUACUUCAUUAUUUUGUACAACAUUUCUAAUCUAUUAAAUUAUUCGUAUUUCAUCAGUCACUUAAAAAUAA